AUGGAAAGCAUAACAUGGAGGAGAAAAACACUUAAACAGGACAGCGACGAAAAUACUUUGCUGGCUUCGCCAUUGAAGGUGCGCCAGUACUUUCAAGUUUCAACUCCUAAACCUAAUCUAAGUAGUCACCAAAUGAUGUGGGGACCCCUUAAAUGGGAGCCCACAAGAGUACGUAACGUACUUAACGCUGUCGAUCAACACGACCACAAAUAUCCGGGAAAGGGACUUCGAUUUGAUGACGCCAUCCACGUCAGCAUCACCACCGACCUCUCGAGGGUCGACAAGAACCGAAACCACCAUAGAAAUAUUGUGAGUGGAUUCGGAAUGUGUAAUAGGGAGGCCACGAAGGAUUCUUCGGUUCUUGGCGGCCCGGCAAGCCCCUCCUGGAACCACUGUUGUAUCUUGCCAUCAGUUGCGCUCAGCUUCCUCUCGACCCUGUCUGCCGAGCCAGACCCAAUAGCCCUUAGCUCUGGAACACGAACAGUAUUACCAUCUAUCUUCACAAGUUUAUCAUUUCUCGGCACAUACAGUGACGCAACAAGUGGUUCGGUUACAUUAUCACGACUCCUGGUUCCAUUCAUCAUCAAAACCCUGCCAUUAUGA